CAAUCAUAGCAAAUAAUUUGCAUUUUUUUCUUGAAAAUAAAAUGCUGAAUGAUUUUUCCAGCGAAAUCUGCGCUUAUUUCCUUAAAUCAUUUUCGUAAACGUUAAGAAUUCUUUAUCGACCUGCGUUCUGUUGUCUUGCAUUUUUUGCAUUUCAUGCAAAAUUCUGAUGUUUAUAUAGGCAUAUUUUCCAGUAAACUAUGCCUGUAUUCCCUCAGGGAAUCUUGUAUUUUUUAGCUAAUCACACAAAGCGGGAUAUCCAUGCACUUACUGCUCGUUUUUGCUCAAUUUUUUUCGAGGUUUGAAAAAUAUCACGACGUAUGUAAAUACGACUUUUAUCCACUCGAUUCGCGGAAUCGUUCAGCAUUUGUGGUCUAAAGCUUCCUUUUAUAUACCUUAGGACUAUUAAUAUUCGCUUACAACGAUGCAAACACAACAAUUCUACCCAGAUCUAAGAUUUAACAUUGUUGCUUUGAAAAAAAAAGAAUGUAACGUAGAAUAGUAUUCAAAAUUACACCGCUUCACUUCCUGUCAACAUCAAUACGGUGUGCAAGCAUCAGGGCCAUGUGAUUGGAUAAGAUGAAAAGAACUCGAGAAGAGCACGAGAAAGUUUACGGUCAACACAGGGGAUUUUCGCAUCCAGUUUUAGCACCAGCUCCAGUUGGCCUUCCUGGUAAUUUUGAUCCUAUACCAGAAAAUAUUGCUGUAUCCAUGGGACAGUAUCAGUCUAAUCCACAGAUACCUCCUCAAAAUUAUCCGGUUGCAGGACCUGCUGGUCCAGGACAAGGUCAUAGUCCAUUGCCUUCUCAUCCACAGGCUCACAUUCACCCGCCUGGAGCACAAGCUCAUAUGCAGGGACCAGGGGGCCCCGGCCAGCAACAAUUUCAACGACUAAAGGUUGAAGAUGCUUUGUCCUACCUUGAUCAAGUGAAAAUGCAGUUUGGUAAUCAACCUCAAGUGUACAACGACUUCUUGGAUAUCAUGAAAGAAUUUAAAUCGCAAAGUAUCGACACACCUGGUGUAAUCAGCCGUGUCUCCAACCUCUUCAAAGGUCAUCCUGAAUUGAUUGUUGGUUUUAACACCUUCCUUCCUCCUGGCUAUAAAAUAGAAGUUCACCCUAAUGACGCAAACUCUAUAUCUUACACAACCCCACAUCAAACAACUUUACAGAAGACGUCAUUGACUGGUCAGUCUGUCCAUACGAUCAGCCUGACGGGCAAUCAUGGUGCUCAUAAUGUAUCCCAUGUUCCAUCCUUCCCACUCCAUCCUUCGUCACAACAACCGCAGCAACAGCAAACCUCUCAACAACCUCCCACAACUCAUGUCCAGCAACAGCAGUCCCAGCACCAGCAGUUGUCAACAUUAUCUCAACAUGCAACGUCGCAACAACAGGGGAAACUUCCAACCAACAAUCUUCCACAACCACAGCAGCCAAUACCACAUCAGAAUCAACAACAGCCAAGAGGUCUUCAUUCACCUCCAACAAAUCAAAAUCAGCCUCAACAACCCGUUGAGUUCAACCAUGCAAUCAAUUAUGUAAAUAAAAUAAAGACUCGCUUCCAAGGACAGCCAGAUACGUACAAGGCUUUCUUGGAAAUACUGCACACAUAUCAGAAAGAACAGAAGAACAUCAAAGAUGCUGCCUCGCAAGGAGGGAUCAUAGACCCAGACGGACCACAUAUCACGGAGCAAGAGAUGUAUGUGCGUGAAGCAAAACUUGCAAACGAUGUUUACAAACAAGUUGCAAAAUUGUUCAAGAAUCAAGAAGAUCUACUUCAAGAAUUCAGUCAGUUUCUUCCAGAUGCUAAUGGCGCUCAAUUGAGCGGACUGAGUGCUCUUUCUAAGCGAGCUCACCAUCAAAUUUCAAAUUUCACGUCAUCGUAUGGUCCGCCGAGUAAAAAGCAAGCAUUGAGUUCAAACUCUGUGAAGAGAAAUCUUGGCCAGAUACGAAGGUCAUCCACCUCUCUCCAGGGCAAGGUGAAGUCAAAGUCAUCUGGAAUAAAGGAGAUAAGUUUAUCUGAUCCAACUAGUUUUGGUUCCGUUGCAGAGUUCGCUUUCUUUGACAAGGUGAGGAAGGCACUGCGCAGUCAAAAAGUUUACGAAGAUUUCCUCCGUUGUCUCAAGUUGUUCAAUCAAGAAGUUAUCUCCAGAGCUGAUUUGGUUCAACUGGUGUCCUCUUUCCUAGGGAAAUUUCCCGAGUUGUUCAAAUGGUUUAAGGAAUUUCUCGGCUACAAAGAUUCAAGUCCGAUGGAGACUCCAGGUUUUAAAGAGCGCACCUCGGGAGAGCUAGCCCAUCUUGAGAUUGAUUACUCAUCUUGCAAACGUUGUGGUACAAGCUAUCGAGCACUUCCCAAGAGUUAUACUCAACCAAAAUGCAGCGGACGUACCGCCUUAUGCCGCGAGGUCCUCAACGACACCUGGGUGUCUUUCCCGAGCUGGUCCGAGGACACGACAUUCCUGGGAACGAAGAAGACACAAUACGAAGAGUACAUCUUCCGUUGCGAGGAUGAAAGAUUCGAGUUGGAUGGAAUUCUUGAGGUGAAUUUGUCGACGAUACGCGUCCUUGAGGCGGUGCAGAAGAAACUGAAUCAUAUGACAUCGGAAGAGCAGCAGAAGUUCCGGCUGGAUAGCUCACUUGGUGGAAUGUCCGAAGUGAUUCAUAAAAAGGCAAUUCAAAGGAUAUAUGGCGAUAAAGCCCCGGAUAUUAUUGAUGGCUUGAAGAAGACACCUGCUGUUGCUGUUCCGCUGGUGUUGAAGAGGUUGAAGAUCAAGGAGGAGGAAUGGAGGGCAGCUCAGCGUCUCUACAAUAAAACAUGGAGAGAUCAAAAUGAAAAGUAUUAUUUGAAGUCGCUGGACUACCAAGGAAUGACGUUCAAGCAAAAUGACCUCAAAGCGAUGCGGUCCAAGAGUUUGGUGACAGAAAUUGAAAAUAUAUAUGACGAGAAACAAGAGCAAGCGGCAGAAGGCAAUGCUGAUCUCAGUGGACCACACAUGAUCUUUACAUACAAGGAUAAAUCUAUUCUUGACGAUGCUGCUGGUCUAAUUGUGCACCACAUGAAACGCCAGACCGGAAUACACAAAGAAGACAAGUCAAAGAUCAAAUCUUUGCUCAGCAUUUUUGUUCCAGAUUUAUUCUUUGCACCAAGAGGUGAAUUGAGUGAUGACGAAGACUCUGUUAAAGACAGCAAUGGCAAUGGAAGAGCUGAGCUUUCCAACGGACUGCCCGAGGCUGAGUCGGAUGAUGCGUAUAACCUGUAUUUUGUGAACAACAACUGGUAUAUCUUUCUAAGACUUCAUCAGAUGUUAUGCGAACGGUUGUUGAAAAUGUACCAGCGGUCUGUCGAGAUCGCCGAGGGUGAAGCUUCCGAUAAGAAGCAAAGAAAAGAAUCAACCGCUGUCGCGUUACGUCUGAAGGCUCCAACGGAUAUUGACGUUGAAGAAUACUACCCAGCAUUCCUUGAUAUGGUGCGAAAUCUUUUAGACGGCAAUAUGGAAAUGAGCAGUUUUGAGGAUACGUGCAGAGAAAUGUUUGGUGUACAUGCUUACAUCGUCUUCACCAUUGAUAAGCUAGUACAGAAUAUCGUACGACAGCUUCAGACCAUUGUUGUUGAAGAGACUUGUGUUCAAGUCAAGGAACUUUAUCAGCAAGAGCAAACACGCGAAGGGGCUGGGGGAAACUCUGCUACCCAGGUUCUUCGCCAAGAAGAGGAGAUGUCGUAUCAAAAGAAAGCUGAAACGUUGUUGAACGACGAGUGUUGUUAUAAGUUUAUCGUGCACAAAGACAAGACAAUUAUCACGAUUAGUAUUGAGUUGAUUGAGACGGAAGACACCCAUUCUGAAGAUAUGUUGGUGAUCGGGAAGUGGAAUGAUUACGUGGACAAAUAUGUCAUUAAUCAAGAGAUACCACCGGAGGUCACGGAACGGUUGAAAGUAAAACCAAUAUUUUUGCCAAGAACUGCGAAGCAUAAACGCUCAAAGACAGCGACAGAUGGUGAACGAACUGGCGUAGAAAGUGAUGAACGUGGAUGCAGUCCAUCGGCUGGCGAGGGCGAGGAGAUGCCUCCUGAUAUCGUAAACGAAGAUGGUAUGGAAUGCAAGAUCUCUUCUAAUUCCUAUAAACUAGAGUUUGUCGCAGGUGGACUGAAUUUCUUCUACAGGAAAAAGUCGUUGCCAAGAGCAAGACAGAACUACCCGAAGGUCACUCGAAAGUUAACGGAGAAUUUCCAACGAUGGCUCGAAAGUUGGGCGAUGGAUAACGUAUCACGUGAGCAAAAAAGCACGUGUGACCAGUGGUUGGUUGGGCACUCCGAGGGUCUGCAACAGUGUACCACGACCAAGACAAAUGUGCGGGACAAUUUUAAGAGCUACACAAAAUAUCUUGUUGAAUGGCCAGCUCCGCCUGUUCCUUCGUCUAAUUCUACUCAAGCUCAGUAAACUCUGUCUGCAUAUGUAAAAUAUAGAUUUGUAUAGAUCCUUUUAGAUUUCGCUUGAGUGUAUACAAUACAAGAGAAGAGCGGUUUUGAUAAGUUAUAGUUUAGUCGCUAGAGGCAACUGCACGUUUCCUUGCACGUCAUUUAUUUGAAUAGCGCUCAAGCAAAUUUGAAGGUGUCUAUUGAUAAUAAUGUACAGUUUGCUUGCGUCAGCGUACGAUAGAAUUGCCUGCGAAAUUGUUGACUCAAUUCUGUUCUUUGAAUUGUCGUGCGCCUGUUAUGUAUAAUUAUCGCUUCCUGGAUAAAAUAUUUA